AUGCGUUUGUUGGCCCGUUCUGCAGCGAGCAACAUCAGCACCAGCAGCAACACGUGCAGCAGCACUAGCAGCAGCAGCAGCAGCAGCAAAUACAGCAGCAGACAGGCAACUGUUGGACGUUUGUUUUUCCGUUGUUUAAGUUCAGCAGCAGAUACAACUUCUGCAGCCGCUGCUGCUACAGCAGCAGAGGUUGCAGCAGCAGAAGUUGCUGCUGCAGCUCCUGGGCCCCCCCAAAAGAAGCGGCUUGGGGGCCCCCCUCCCCCCCCUCGGCUACAGUUGCUGCAGCGUCUGCAGCGAGUAGUUGAGGAGCUGCUGCAGCUACAGCAGCAGCAGCAGCAGCAGCGAUUCGGCAGUAGAGAGAGAAUGACGUAUACUGGUCUAUCUGAUGAGGCAAUAGUAGGUACAGACGAGGUGUGGGGCCCCACAGGGGGGCCCUUAGGGGGCCCCUCAGGGGCCCCUUCAGAUACAACUGAUGCUGAUGGUAUGUGGGAGGAGAGUACGGUUGCUUCUGAGGAGAGCUCCUGCCUGACUCCUCUGCAGCAGAGGCGGCAGCAAAGACAGCUUAAUCAGCAGCAGCAGCUGCUGCUGCAGCAGCAGCAGCAGGAGCUACAGGAGGAGCUACGCAGAAUAACAGAUGACCUAGUAAGACUAUGCGGACGUAUGAGGCCCCGCGAGCUGCUGGAGGUGCUGCGGCUGCUUGCUGCAAUAAGGAGGAGGGAGGCGCCACUGCUGCUUGCUGCUACCCAGGUGCUGCUGCAGCAGCAACCAGAUGAGAAAAUGCAGCUGCUGCUGCUACCUAUAGAGCAGCAGCAAAAACAAGAAGGGGUAGAGGCACUAUCCGUGCUGCAGACAGUUAUGCUGCUGCGCCACCUGCAGGUGCUGCAGUUCCCGUGUCUCCCCUUAGCACAGAGGGCACUGCAGCACAUAGAUGAGUCCCUUACUGUUGCUGCACAGAGCUGCAUGCAGCUGCACUACCUGCAGCAGCAACAGCAGCAGCAGCAGCAGCAGCAGCAGCAGCAGCAGCGGGUGCCUGAUUGCUUUGCUGAGAGGGAUUAUGCUGUCCUUGCUCCUUUUAUACCAUGGCAAAGGCCUGUAGAGUGUGAGGAAGCUGCAGCAGCAACAGCAGCAACAGCAGCAACAGCAGCAACAGCAACUGCAGCAAAACCAAUGACUGCAGCAGAAGUCCUUGAACAAAUUGCUGCAGCUGCUGCUCCCUCUGCUGCUGCUGCUGCAGACUUGGGGCCUUAUGAACUCGACCGGCAAUCCCCAGAAGCAGCAGCAGCAGCACAAGCAGCAGAUGCAGCAACAGAUGCAGCAACAGAUGCAGCAGGAGGAGAAGUAGAUGAGCUUCGUACCCGUUGCGCGCUGCAUGCAGUUGGGGUGUCUCUCCUCAGCAACAGUUUAGUUUAUUUUGCUGCUGCUCUUGCUGCUGCGCAGCUACGUUGUGCUGCUGUUAGGCGCAUAAGCGAUUUGCUGCAGCAAAUGCUCAUCAUAAGAGCAGCAGAAUUCAAUGCACCACAAACCGUCUCCCUUGCUCUGAACUGUCUAAGCUUAGGUCGUACAUCUGUUGCAUUAACAAAUGUGCUGCUGCAUAGGACUCCUGUCUUGCUGCCUUUUUUUUCUUUUCCUCUUCUUACCUUGCAGCUAAAUAUAAUUACGCGGCUGCUGCAGCUAAAUGGUCAUGUGCUGCAGCAGCAGCAGCUUAAGAACAUCAGACGUUUCCCACCCCACAAACAACACCAGAUACAACAGCAGCAGCAACAGCUGCAGCAGGAACAGCAGCAGGAGCAGAUUGAUGUGCAUGCACUGCCACAGCUAUGGUGCAACAUUGUUUCUAGGCUAUCAUCAGCACUGCCACAAGACCCAGCAGCAGCAGCAGCAGCAGCUAGCAGCAGCACGUCUCGUGCUCGUCUUAGAGACUUGCUGCAUGACCAUAUCUUAGCAGCACAGGAAGCAUACGACGCUUCCCUCGAGAAGAUCUACCAGCAGCACCUGCAACAGCACCAGCAGCAGCAGCAGCAGCAGCAACAGCAGGCUGGAAGUACAAAUGGACUUCCCUCUGGGGCCUCUGCAUGCGCAGCGGACGAUGCAGCCGGAGCUGUUGGGUCCCACGGUGGUCCCCCAGUGCCGUAUCUACCCUCUUCGUCCUUUCCGGGGGCCCCAGUGGGGGCCCCUGUGGCGACUCUUGCGGGGGCCCCUACCCUCCCCUUAGUGCAGCCACAGGCAUUAAAGAAUGUAGUAAAUGCACUGAAUUCUUUUUCUCGUCUUGCCCAUAUGGGUCUUGUGUCUCUGCGUGAUGUAUCAGCAGAAGCAGCAGGGGCUGCUGCUGUAGCUGCAGCAGCAGCAGCUGCUGCUGCCGAUCAGUUGGUGCCCGCAGCGAUGCAAGAGGAGCAGCAGAUGCUCCGCAACCCCGGUGGAGCACCACCAACAGCAGGAGGAGGAACAGCAGCAGAGGAGGAUGAGGUGCACCGGUGGCAGCGCAGCAGAGCACGACUCAGCAGCAUUGUGGAGUGUACAGGUGGCUUCCGCAUGCGCGGUGUAGAGAUGACACCAGGAGACCGCCGCAGCAGCAGCAGCAUCUAUGCAUUCUUCCAUAGAGCUAUCUUGCUGCUGGUGCAGCACCAGCAGCACCUCGAUCCCCAGUCUCUUAGUAAUGCUGUUAAUGCAUUCGCAAAGGCUAGGCUUCAAGGGCAUGCGAUUUAUGUCUCCCAGCUAAUCCCGCGAAUGAUUGAAACGGCAGAAAAUUUCAGUUGGCAACAUUUGAGCAUGACACUCAAUGGAUUUGCAUGUAUACCGACUUCUGCAUGCGUUUUGGAAUGUCUUAAGGAAACGACCUCUCCAUCUAAUGGGAGCCGCAUGGCGACGUCUUCUUGGGUGUCUGCGCAACUUCCUGAACUCACCACCCAGGGCCUGACGAACCUCCUAUUCUCGCUAGUGGUGUUAGACUGCGUAUAUGAGUGCAGCUUCCCGCCUCAGCAGCUGCCGCAGCAGCAGCAGCCGCUGCCGCCACAGCAGCAACAGGGGGGUGUUUGGCAACUGCUGCUGCAAGCUGCAUGCAGGAGAAAAGACCUCAAGCUGGAGGCGAUGACAAUGCUGAAAGUAUCGGCUAUGGCGCUAUUUGGGGUGUAUGGGGACCCUGCAACAGCAACAGCAGCAGCAGCUGCUGCUGCUGCCGAGCAAGCAGCACCACAGCAGCAUAGCAGCAGCCGGAACGCAUACAACCGUCUAUAUGACAGUAACGGGAAUUUCUUGUUGCAUGCGCUGGAGCAGCAGCAGCGGCAGCUAGAGCAGCAGCAAGGAAUACAAGCAGAGGCCCCCAUAGCAAGAAGCUGCAUGCAGCUGCAGCACAGGAGAAUUCCUGCUGCUCUAGCCGCACUGCUGAACACGAAGACACUGAUGUUUUAUCCAGGAAAGCCUUCAGGCAUGCACCUGCAAGUGGCCGCGACUGUGCGCAACAUGGGGCUGCAUGCGCUGCAUGAAGUUAUAAUAGGAGGAGAAGCCGAUAUGAGGGCUACACAGCAGGAGGAGGAGGAGGAGCUGCAGCAGCAGCAGUACCAUGGAGAAGACGAGAGCAAUUUAGACAAGGGCCCCAAACUACAUCAACAGCAGCAACACCAACAGCAGCAACAGCAGCAGCAGCAGCAGGAAACUUCAGCAGUUGCGAUGCAAUGUUUUGUUAGUUUGAGGGUUGGUGGAUAA